AUGUUCUUUCCUAUCCGCCGUCAAAUGCUCGCACUCGUUCUCUUGCAAUGCUUUUGCAUGCUUUCCGUACAAAUCCAUGCUCGUCCGACCAUCCUGGGUAGACAGACCACCGGCCCACCAACUACUGUGAUGACGGUUAAUAAGGCAGAGACUGUGGCUGGCACAAUGACUGAGACUUGUAUCAUUACCCUCACACCGAUCACCGACCAGAAUGGUCAACCUGCCGUGGAGGAGGUCAAGAAGUGUUCUAUCACAAUGGAUACUGCUUCUCCACAGAACAAUAACGGCGGGGCUCCGUCUGGGACAUCAUCUACCACAGCAGCAGCCACAGCAGCCACAUCAUCGACCGAUUCGGUCUCAUCGUCUUCCAACGCGGCUGCUUCUACCACUUCCAUCUCCGGCACCGUUGCAGCAUCCUCAGUGACGAAUUCCGCCACGAGCGUGGCUAUUGACUCCACUUCUUCUGCUGUCUCGACGUCGAGUGCAAAUGCCCAGAACCCGGCUAUCUCGGUCAAUGGGGUCACAUCCAUAGCAGCUACCGCUGUUUCCACCGGUUCUGUUGCUUCAGCUUCAGCUGCGACAACUUCGUCAGCGUCUGGCUCCGGCUCGGUGUCCGUUUCGGAAUCCUCUUCAGGAGCAAGUGGCGCUACUUCCACAAGCGCUGUAUCAGUAUCUAUAGCUCCAGGCGGCACCAGCGCUGCUGACGGGUCUGCUACAUCUGCUGCUGCUACCGAGACGUCGUCAUCGGGCACGGGCACGGCAGCUGCGGCUGAGUCUUCUCCUACAGACGGUUCCCAACAAUUUGCUCUUCCCGGUCAGAAAUUAUCAGUUCUUCCAAUUGGUCUUGGCGUCUUUGCGGGUAUCUCUGUCAUUGCCCUCAUUGUAGUUGGCCUCGUCACAUAUGAGAGGACUAAGUAUCGCAAGGCGUUCAGGCAACGAAAACUUGCAGAAUCAGGCGCCGCCAUGGCUUACGGCGGCAUGGCGCAACGUACAUAG